AUGUCAGGCGCAAACAGCUGGCUGCAAAGGCAGCGCAAGUCCGACCUCCUCGAACUCGCCUCAAACGUCGGUCUGAAAGAGACUGAUGGCCUCAAGAAGGGCGAUCUCGAGGUCCAGCUCGACGAAUACCUCGCCGAGAAUGCUGGCCAAUUCUCCUCAGAUCCCAAGCUCGCCCCGUACUUUCAGAGCCGCGCAAAGGCUAUAGGAUCUCCUGUCAAGAAGGAAGCACCUGUCGCCGAUGCGCUGAAAGUCACCAAGCGGAGAGCAACAAAGAUCGCCGACGAUGUCGCCGCCGCUGUCUCUGGCGAAGAGUCAUCUUCAACUGCCGUGGCUCGCACCCCGGGACGUGCUCUGUCUUUGGCUAGCCGUAUCCCCCUUCCCGCCACGCCGGCUGAUGUCGCUUCAGCGGUUGACCGCGGCACUAUCGCUGUCCGGGAACGCGUCGCGUCCAUCUAUGCCGACUCCGGUAUUACCGAAGUGACCCAGGCGACACGCGAGACUCUCUCCACGGUGACUUCCGUGCUCUUCUCCGUUGCCGCUUUUGAGCUGUACUUCUUGCGCCCGGAGAUCCUGGCUGACCGCUACGCGUUCACCAUCCCGGCCAUUUCGCUCCUCGGCACAUCUGACUACCCGGUUUACGUGCCGGAUAUGUUCCUGCUCCUGACCUCGUCCUUCUGGAACCCGGUUCUUCUGUGGGCUUUCACCAGCGUCAUCGUCCCCAGCUUGUUCGGCUACUUCUUCAACCUGUCCGCUGCGCACCAUACUAGUGGACGCGUCACCCGGGCUCGAAGCAGCCAGCCCGAAUACGUCGUUGACCCAUUGACCUUCAGCAUUGUCAAGGCAGUGCUGACCUACGUUGUUUUCGCCCAGGGCGUCAGCUUCUGGGGCUUGGUCGAUGACCUGUCCGUCGCGCGCAUCAAUAAGGCCAUUUAUGGCGGCUGGAAGGGCGUCCUUGUCGGCUCUGCCAUCACCGGCCUUGUGAGCGUGUAUGACGCUGUGCUACGGAAGUAG